AUGAACCUUUCUAUCGGCGCACCCACGCAGCCAAUGAGUCGCAGCUGGUUCUGCGCCUCGCUGGACACUUCGACGAUCACCAACACAACGCUCACGGCCAUCUACAUCAUCAAUAAGAACACGCGAGUGUAUUCGGACUACAAUUUUUUUGCAUCUACUCCUUCGCUUAUCCACCGCUGGCCGGAUUGUACCACUACUACGCWUUUGUAUUACUAUUUGGGGAUCCACGGCGUUGGAUAUUCUGGAAGCCGUUUAGAUCGAUCGAGAUAUCGUUCCCCGGCAUCCACUAUGACGCUGUGCUGA